AUGGCUCUCCGGAUUAGUGUCAUCAUUUGUGCUACGUCUUUUCUUCUCGGGCUCUUGUUUACUCAUUGGAUUGCGGACUCCCUCACACUGUGGAAAGGACCUGUGACAGAUGAACACCUUGCCACGGCAGCAUUGUACUACCACAUCCUCACUAAAGGGCCUUCAUUCUUCGGAUGGUUUGCAAACCUUGCCGUAGGCAUCACUGUACUCGGCGGAACCGCCAUCCUGUGGAGUCUGUUAGAUGGUGCUGCUGGGAACUUGAUGUUUGACGGUGGAAGUGCUUUCCUAUAUUGCACGGCAGUUGGUGUCUACAUCUACUCUGUCAUUCCCAACCUCCUGUCAAACUUCUCCACGUUAUCACCAUCAAUUUCCACCGCCUCUUUCCCGGAAGCACUAAAAGUGGCGACACUCGACCUCGCAUCAAAACAUCUGGUCUGCAGCGUCGCGCUCACAGGCGUGAUGGUUUUUCAAGCCGGUCGGUGGUGGGCGGAGCGGGAUGAUGAAGACGAGGAGGAAAGCUUGAGAGGAGAAGAGUCAAGGUCGGAUUCGAGAGCGGGAGAGCUUUCUUCUGAAGCGGUCACACCAGAGAUCCCAGAGAAGAUGUCGGUG